GCUGGCAUUUCCUCUGUUAUCUGCUCACACUCAAGGCUGUGUAAGACAUGUUGUUGACAUGUUAGGGAUCCCCAGACUACAAGGUAUACCUGAAACAUAUUCCCUUCUGAUUUUAAACUAUAUGGCAAUUGAGGAGGUAUUUGCCUGUUCAUCUGCAUUUGGAGUAAGACGAUUCCACGUUUAGCCGAGUGGACCACAGAAAUAAGUAAUGGCAAGAUCUAAAGCAAGUAUAUACGCAUGUAUAGCAUUUGUGCUAUUGAUCGUGAUUGUGAUUAUUGUUGUACCUAUUGCAAUCAUCAAGAAGGAUCAUCGCAAAGAGCCUUUAAGGACAGCAGCUGUGGCUGCAGACUCAGAAAAAUGCUCAAAGAUCGGACGAGACAUCCUGAAGAGUGGAGGGUCAGCAGUAGAUGGAGCCAUUGCUGCUCUACUCUGCACCUCUGUCGUCAACCCACAGAGUAUGGGCCUCGGCGGGGGGUCUAUAUUCACAGUGAUGGACAGUAAUGGCAAGGUUAAAAUCAUCAAUGCCAGAGAGACUGUCCCUCAGGCGUUUAAUUCUGACCUGCUAAGUAGAUGUCCAAAGAUCUAUUCCCAAGAGACAACAGGCAGCCAGUGGAUUGGUGUCCCUGGAGAGAUCCGUGGAUAUGAGCAGGCCCACAGGCUGUAUGGGAAACUCCCCUGGGCUGACCUCUUCCGUCCCACCAUCAGGUUGGCCAGAGAGGGUUUGCCCGUGUCCCAGAUCCUCGGCCGCUACAUUCAACGGAUCAUCGGGAAUAAGACCAUACCACUACGUCAGUUGUUUGUAGAUAAAGAUGGAAACCUGCUGAAGGUUGGAGACACCGUGAAGUUUGAGAAGUUGGCGGACACAUUGGAUAUCAUUGCAAAGCAGGGGGCUGAAGCUUUUUACACUGGGAAGGUAGCAGAGGACCUUAUCAGCGACGUAACAGAAGCAGGUGGAACCCUCUCCUUGAAGGACCUGGAGAUGUUUAAAGUGAAUGUGACGGAUGCAUUGACCAAUCCCCUGGGAGAGUUUCAGAUGCACUUUCCUCCACCUCCAUCAGGAGGACUGAUCCUCAGCUUCAUCCUAAACAUCAUGAAAGGCUACAAACUUAACCCGACUUCUCUGAUGGGCGAGCAGAAGACUCUCACCUAUCAGCACUACAUUGAAGCCUAUAAGUUCUCCAACGGACUGAGGAAGAACAUUCGUGAUCCACGCUUCAGCUCCGAAGAAAGAUCUCUGAAGAUAAUAAAACAGGAGUUUGCGGACCAGAUCAGGGCCAUGAUCAGCAGUAAUACGACCCACGAUGCUCAGUACUACAACGUCACGUCCUUCCUGGACACCAUCGGCACAUCACACGUGUCUCUGAUAGCUGAGGAUGGAUCUGCUGUCUCGGUUACCGCCACCAUCAAUGACAUAUUUGGAUCCACAGUUUUCUCCCCUAAAACUGGUAUCAUCCUCAACAAUCAGCUCGCUGACUUCUGUGGGGAGGCAGAUCACAUUGUUGCAGGUGAGCGUCCUCCCUCCUCCAUGUCCCCUGUGAUCCUGCGGUCCCAGUAUAAGACUGUGGUGAUUGGGGGGGCGGGGGGCAGUGCCAUCACCACAGGGAUGGCCUUGACCCUCAUGAACUACGUGUGGUUUGGGAAGACUCUGGAGGAGGCUAUCUCAGACCCCGUUGUCCAUGUGAAUUCCAACAACAAGCUGAAUUUUGAACCUGGCUUUGACCAGGUUGUGGUGGAGGAUCUGAAGGCUCUGGGACACACAGUGGAAGAUCGCCAGUACUUCUACAACGUGGUAAAUGCAGUGGAGAAGUAUUACGGUUGCAUCCAUGCUGUUUCGGAUGCUAGAAAGAUGGGCAAGAGUGCUUUUUAUUUCAGUCCGUUUUAGUCUCUUUGGUUCUGUUACCAAAAGUAUGUGUUGAUUUUUCUAGGCUGUAAAUACUAAACUUCAAACUGAUCACACCUGUAAAACAACAUGGGUUGUAUUGUGUUAUACCUCCACCAGGUGUCUCCCAUUACCCCAUCACCUGUGUUGUAUUGUGUUAUACCUCCACCAGGUGUCUCCCAUUACCCCAUCACCUGUGUUGUAUUGUGUUAUACCUCCACCAGGUGUCACCCAUUACCCCAUCACCUGUGUUGUAUUGUGUUAUACCUCCACCAGGUGUCACCCAUUACCCCAUCACCUGUGUUGUAUUGUGUUAUACCUCCACCAGGUGUCUCCCAUUGCCCCAUCACUUGCGUUGUAUUGUGUUCCACCUCCACCAGGUGUCUCCCAUUACCCCAUCACUUGCGUUGUAUUGUGUUAUACCUCUACCAGGUGUCCCCCAUUACCCCAUCACCUGUGUUGUAUUUGUUCCACCACCACCAGGUGUCUCCCAUUACCUGUGUUGUAUUGUGUUAUACCUCUACCAGGUGUCUCCCAUUACCCCAUCACUUGUGUUGUAUUGUUCCACCACCACCAGGUGUCUCCCAUUACCCCAUCACCUGUGUUGUAUUGUGUUAUACCUCUACCAGGUGUCUCCCAUUACCCCAUCACUUGUGUUGUAUUGUUCCACCACCACCAGGUGUCUCCCAUUACCCCAUCACCUGUGUUGUAUUGUUAUACCUCUACCAGGUGUCUCCCAUUACCCCGUCACCUAUGCCUUUAUAGCCUCUGUUCAUUGUCUGUUCUGGUUGUCAGUUCAUCUUAUGGAUUCCUGUGUCAUUCUUGCCUGGCUGUAUUUCCUGUGACCCAGUCAAUAUGUGUAUUCUUGGUAUCUCAUGUACUGACCUCUGCUUGCCUUGACCUGAACUCUGUCUGGUCUGAUUACUGAUAUUGAUAUGUACGUGUACCAAACCCUGCCUGCCCACGACCUGUCUGCCUAUUGAUAUCAAUAAACCUUGUCUAGUUUCUA